AUGGACCAGUGGGAAAAGUAUACAACGUUCCACCGGAAGCUGACCUUCAGACUCAAUACUGCGCGGUGGGUAGACCCUAAUGAGGACGACCCCCGUUGCGCCGACACACUUAAGUUUCUGUACCCUGCGCUCUUCACGCAGUCGCGGCACAACCCCCACGAACGAGCGAUAGUCAAGACGCUCGUGGGCAGUCGAGGCAGCCUCCCUACAGAACUGGUGCUACACUUUGACAGGCAAGGCCACGUUUUCGCCUUUGAGUCGCGCGUGAACCCCUCGGCCGCUAUCCACGCGCAUCAGUCGUCGAUCAUGACGGCCAAUGGUCAUUGGCAGGCAGCGACUGAUGCCGAGGAAUCCGCACGACGAGAGCGGAUGCUGCCCAGGCAGUUGCUAUGA